AUGACGACAGUGACCCAGCUUGUACAUCUGAGCGAUGAUAUCGUCCUCAAGGCUCAAGAUAGUCCCUGGCCCACUAACGACGACAUACGAUCGAAACCGGAAUCCUGGAGACAGGACCUAAUCGGCCGGGUUAAUGGUCUAUUCGAUCGAGCCAACGAGCUGGCAAUAUACACCCAGCCUAACAAGAGCAGGUGGCGCAUGCAGCUCGAAACCCUGCCUUCGUUGCCAGGGGCUGCUCUGGAGAUCGGAGACCGAUCAACAAUCAGAGGACCGCAGGAAGCGCCGAAAGUCUUGUCAUUGUACCUCGCAAAGUUAUUCUCAGAGCUUGUACGUGCUGUGAUCAUUCUUGACGACCAUGUUCGAGCAGGAGACUUACAAUCUAUGGUCGAAAGAGAAUUGAAGAAGAUUUUAAAAAAUCGCCAAAGCCGUGAUGGGAUCCGCGUCUUCGGGAGUGACAUCAAUCCCAGGCAUGGAACCAUUCGUGAUCGUGUAGGAGGAAAGGGGCCAGCUACAGAGCAUGCCCGACAGCACUCGGAUGCCAACCAUACUCCGCCACCGCAUCAAAACUUGUUUCCUAACAAAUCACUAAAAAUGAAACUUGGUUCAAUUCGGUCUACUCGUUCGAUUCAGUAUCAUUUCCGCGGCCUAUUCAUUACCGAAGAAAAUGUAGACAGCCUCUUGGUCUUGAGCAAAGAGCCAGAUUUCAGUAUCAGUCGCAGCACAGAGGAUGCGCGUCGUCUCCUCGAGAGCCUACAGCAACACAGCGAGUUAAUCCUUACAACACAAUUCGCAUUAGAUGAAAUGGAGUAUAUGUGGACCGGUGAAAGAAGUACGUCAGAAUCCAAACUUGGUUCAGCGACCGAGAUCGAAGUUUAUGCCGUCCUCGAGUACCGCUGCUUUUUUUGA